CCCAGCUGGCGGGCUUGAGGCUGAGCGGGGCCGGCAGUGUUUGUCAUCACCCCAAAGUGACCAUGAGAGGUACCACGCGAGUCUCAGUCAUGCUCCUUCUUGUGACUGUGUCCGACUGUGCCGUGAUCACAGGGGCCUGCGAGCGGGACGUCCAGUGCGGGGCGGGCACCUGCUGCGCAGUCAGCCUGUGGCUGCGUGGGCUGCGGGUGUGCACCCCGCUGGGGUGGGAAGGAGAGGAGUGCUACCCCGGCAGCCACAAGGUCCCUUUCUUCAGAAAACGCCAGCACCACACCUGCCCCUGCCUGCCCAGCCUGCUGUGCUCCAGAGGCCGGGAUGGCAGGUACCGCUGCUCCACUGACUUGAAGAACGUCAACUUGUAGGAGCUUGUCUGGUCUCCCGACACCCACCGGGCCUCUUCCUGAGCACAGGCUGGGGUGGUCUCUCUUGGACUUUUAUUUCUGCCCUGUGGCCCAAUCCUGCAACCCACUGCUGUCGCAUCCCCACUCCCCGCACUGCCUACCUACCCCCCUCCUCCCUAGCGCACACAGGUGCACCCACGAGACACGCGCCACAGGGUGACCUGCAGGGUCCAGGCUGGUGGCUGUGGUCCUGGGAGUAGUCUGUGUGCACUGCUCAGGCUGCCUGCGGGGCUGCUAGUAGCAGGAACAUAUUCCUUCCUCAUGUCUCCGUCUGCCUGCCCUGCCUCUCUCCGUCCUGCACGUACUCCUCUGCCUGAGUCGGUGAGCUCGAGGAAGGCGUGGGGAGCCAGGAGGUCAGUCGCCCUCCAGACGGCUUCUAUGGGGCCAGCCUGUGGCCUGCCCCCCGGGCCAGAACUGUGGGCCUCCAAGGCCCCUCGUAGCGCAAGUUACGUUACCCAGCGAUGCCCCCAGUCCCACCGCCUCCCCAUGAAAUGCAGACGGUGGUGGUUCAGUCUAAACGAGCUGUUGACAUUUUA